AACGAUCUACCGAAAAGCAAACAACUGGUUCUUAAGGACGUUCCCAAACCGUCAAUGAACGAAAGUAAGAGUGCAUAAUAACUCAAGAGUACCAGAGUACCACUUAACUGGCUCGCGACUAUACGCACUCAGCUGUGACAUAACAUUAGGGAACCAUUCGACAACCCGGUCAAUAACAAUGAGUUUUUUGAUUUGAUUUUCAUCGUUUUUUGCUUGCAAAACUGUUGGACAUGAAGACGAUCAACUAUUCGCUGCCAGUUUUGGUGGUUUUAGCGAGUUUGUGCGSGUUCUCGGUUGUGGACUCGCAAAAGGACUGCGGCCUCAAACGACUCAGCACCUCUAAACUGGUUUGCUACUACGGCACUUUGGAGGACGCAAAUGRCUGUUUUUGCACUCACGUUAUUUUGCCGGCCAAUUCGGAUGYUAAGCGAAUUGAAACGCUGAAGACCAAAGGAGUUAAGGUUUUCAUUCGCGUCUCUGAUUUCCAUCAGGGGUUGAUUGAUUUGCUCAAAUCGACAAAAGUGGACGGUUUGGAACUGAACCUGAAGAAACUCACUUCGAAAAACGACAUCAGCGACUUUAUUUCGACGAUCAAGACCAAGUUGGGUUCCGACUUGGACAUCGCUUUGUCCGUGCCAUCGAAACCUGAACUGGUCGCUAAGUAUUUCGACUUUAAGGCGCUGAGCAAACAUGCGGAGCUGUUCAUACUGGAAACGGCCUUUUUGGGCGCUUCCACCAACAUCACCUUCCAUCCAAGCCGCUUGUCUGGCAUGUGGGAUAUGCAAAACACGGGCUGGCUUGGGGGCCCCUUUAUCGAAAGUGGUUGUAGCCGCGCCCGUUCAAGCCUACCAAUUUAAGCUGCAAAAUCCAGAUUAUACAGCGCCAGGAAGUCCAGCCCUUGAAAUCAAGUCGAUCAACCGCGAUCAACUUUGCAGGAUUAUGAAAGAUAGUCAAAAUUGGACUUUGGAAAGGGACGAGGAUCAAGCGGGCCCUUACAUUUUCAGUAAGGACCAAUGGAUUGCUUUCGAUGACUCGAAAUCCAUCGACAUUAAAGCAAAAUACGUGAGAGUUCGAGGACUGGCUGGCAUGGCCCUGAAAGACUUGGCCAAUGAUGGAGGGUCUGAAUGCGAUUCUACUAUCUUGGAGUCGACUUUUAAUGGUCUUUCUAGACAAGCCAGAGCGCCUCGAGGAGCGGUACUUCGUUCUCUGGAAAGGGAGAUUGUCGAUUCAUCUUCAAAGCCUUUGGACUCAGUCCAAAUUUCUCCAUUCAGAAUAUCCAGAAUUAUUGACACCGAAGGAAAAAUUCACGUUAUACGGCAGGAUAGUAGAACCGAAUUCCAAUGUUCCAGACAGGGAUACUUUGUGCAUCCUCGAUCCUGCAACAGAUUCUAUCGUUGCGUCAAAUUCAACCAACUAAAAGAAGAGUACAACGUUUUCGAAUUCGACUGUCCUGCAGGUCUGGCCUUUGACGAACGCGUGGAAGUGUGCGUUUGGCCCGGAAGCCUUCCUCAUGGAACCCCGUGCUCGGGCAGCAGUGAGAUCGCCCCAGUGCCCAGAGAAAGGUUCGUCUGCCCUUCGGAACCCGGAUAUUACGCCGACCCUGAAAACUGCCGCUGGUUCUUCGCCUGCUUGGACCACGGCAAGUCCCCACUGCAAGCCUACGAGUUCCGCUGUCCUUUCGGAUUGGUGUUUGAUGGCGACCGGCUGGUCUGUGAGUGGCCUUGGCUGGUACCCAAAUGCUCCAAUGGUGCCGCCUCCGGCCUGGACUCCGGAUUCUACUAUGGAGGCUCUCAAAAUCAAGGCGCCCCUGGCCUUAUCUUACAGAGCUACGACGGCCUUGGCAGUUUGGGGGCAGUGAAACUAGGAGGCGUUUCUGGAACAAUCGAACGACCUCUCACAGCACUUUACACCAAUGCCGCAAGCGGCGCUUUAGGCCUGGGGUACCCAAACCAUCAAGGUUACAUCGGAGGCGGAGGCGGUUUGAGCUACAAAGAGGCUCAGGCGUUGCAAAACGCCGGCUUUCUCAGAGUAAACAAUGGGGUUGGGUACCAAGCCUCUGCACAGAGUGGACAGGCGGGCCUUAGCUAUGUUUCCACUGGGUCUGCUGGUGGGGCUCACCAGCAAGGAGGAGCCCUUGUAGGAGGCGCAAGCUUAGGCUUAGGUAGUGACUAUUACAACUCCGGUCAAUAUGAGGCCUCUUCAGGACAAGCCCAGGAGGAACCGCUUGAGGUCGCUUUGAGGAACGAUGGUUCUAAGGGAGCCGCAGUCUCCUCUCAAAGUUUCACUCGGUACCACGGACUAACAGGGGGAAGUGCCAAUAGCGCAGCAGGUUCCCACGAGUACAACCAGGGCAACUAUGCUACUUCCAAGCCGGGGCUGCAGUCCAUUGACUCUGCCAGUUAUGGCAGCAAUGGGUUGGACUUUGGAGCAAAACUGGUGGGCAAUGGGGCUGGAGGCGCCAGCUACUCCCAAUACCACGGGGAGAAGGAAGCUAAAAACAGCCUACAGUAUGGAGGCGUCAAUAUUAUUGGAGGAGGAUAUUCUGCAGUCGGAACCUUAUCGAACGUUAACAUUUACCCCAACGGCCAGAGUCACGUAGUGACUGCCUCUCCUGAAGUACUCCCAGUAGCAAAAAUCCCCACAGUCACCGCAGUUCCAGUGCCCGGAAUCAAGGCUAUUUCCGGCUUUGACACAAUUCGAGGUGGGGUCAUCGCAAAUAUCCCGGAACUGCAGUACAAAGUGAAAUCCUUCGAAGAUGCAGGUCUUUUCACCAACGGUUCCACCAACUUUGUGAACUUCGUUGUCACUUCAGCGCCGGCCAGUCAGCAAACUUACUCGCAAACUGGCGGCUACGCCUACAACAAGCCGGCUAUUUCCUUUGAGGAAAAACCCGUUAAAACUGUGGGUGUCUCCACUGAGCCGAACCUCUACAUCUCCAGCACUGGCGCGCCGCUUGGAGGCGUCGCUUACAGCACCCCAAAGCCCUUCACUGUGGUUCCAACUGGAUACAGCUAUGAAAAGCCUCUGGUGAAAUUCGAAGAAACGCCCCAAGUUUCCAGCACUCCAGCCCCUCACAGUUACCAAGCCGUAGGCAUAAGCCAAGAAAAUGAGCAGGCCUCAGUUGUGUCUAAGUUCUCCUUCGGAAGUGCUGUGGGGCAACAAACAGGAACAUCCGCAGGCUACUACUACCAACAGCCAGUUGCUGCCAACGAAAUCCCGGAAGUCAAGCAGGAGCAGGUGGUUACUUACUAUCAACCGCAGCAGUACUUCUACCAGCAACAGCCAGUUCCUCUAACUCAACAACCAGAGCGUCUAUCGACUUACACCUAUCAACCGCCAGUUCAAAGACGGCCUGCAGUCACUCCUUACACCUAUCAGAACGUUGUGCAGCAAGCGGUGGGCGUGGUCUACAAACAGCCAGAAACUAGCCCCGUUCUACCUGUUCAGAGCGCCGCCUACCUGCCUAUUAGGGGGCCUAGCUAUCAAUACAUUCACUCGUAUACCAACGAGCAGAAUGCCAAUAACGCCCAACAUGACCGCUAUGUGUAUUCCACGCCGAGGCCCCUGGAUGCAGGAAAACCUGCCCAGCCGGCCGUAGUAACCAGUUAUUUCAACCUCCAAAGCUCCAAAGCCCAAGCCCAGAGUAACGCGCAACAAGCCAACGCGGGUUACACCUACUCCAAGCCUUCGGUUACCUUUGGGGAAGCGCCAGCAUCAUUUUCCACUCCAAAACCCGACUCUGCAGAUAUUAACAGCUACUUUAACGUGCAAACUUCCAAAGCUCAAUCCCAAAGUAGCGCCCAACAAGCAAAUGUGGGCUAUGAAUACUCCAAACCCUCAGUCAGCUUUGUGGAGACUCCAGUGGUAGUUUCAACCCCAGAACCCGCCCCUGCGGUUGUCAGCAGCUACUUUAACUUGCAAAGUUCCAAAGCUCAAUCCCAAAGUAGCGCCCAACAAGCAAAUGUGGGGUAUGUUUACUCCAAACCCUCAGUCAGCUUCGUGGAGGCUCCAGUGGUAGUUUCAACCCCCCAACCCGCCCCUGCGGUUGUGAGCAGCUACUUUAACUUGCAAAGUUCCAAAGCUCAAUCCCAAAGUAGCGCCCAACAAGCAAAUGUGGGCUAUGAAUACUCCAAACCCUCAGUCAGCUUCGUGGAGGCUCCAGUGGUAGUUUCAACCCCCCAACCCGCCCCUGCGGUUGUCAGCAGCUACUUUAACUUGCAAACUUCCAAAGCUCAAUCCCAAAGUAGCGCCCAACAAGCAAAUGAGGGGUAUGUUUACUCCAAACCCUCAGUCAGCUUCGUGGAGGCUCCAGUGGUAGUUUCAACCCCUAAACCUGCCUCUGCAGUAGCAAGCAGCUACUUUAACUUGCAAACCUCCAAGGCGCAAGCCCAUAAUGAACAGCAGCAAGCGAACGUGGGCUAUACAUACGCCAAGCCUUCAGUGAGCUUUGUGGAAGCUCCAAAACCCGCUCUUGCUGUAGUCAACAGCUACUUCAACCUGCAAAGCUCCAACGCCCAAGCCGAAAGGGGGGCGCAACACGAAAACGUAGGCUACACCUAUUCCAAGCCCGCCAUUGGCUUUGAAGAAACUCCCGUUAGAUUUUCAACCUCCAAACCCUCCCCUAGCAGCUACUUUAGCUUCCAAAGCUCCAAAGCUCAAGCCGAGAGCAGCGCGCAGCAAGCAAAUGCUGGCUACACCUACGCAAAGCCUUCCGUUAGCUUUGAAGAAGCUCCAAGGCGUGUUGAAGUGCCAACUCAACCCGCGGUUGUUUCCAGCUACUUCAACAUUGCAGCCGCUCAAGCCAGCGCUGGCAACUUGCAGGAGGAAGUGAAUGUCGAAUACUCUCAUCCACAGCGUCAGGAGCCUCAGCGGCCUCAAGGGGAGGUUGUGGGGGCUCCAUACUCCACACCAAAACCAUUCGCAGCUGUUUCCAGCUACUUCAACUUGGACGCCUCCAACUCGCAUGCCCAGAGCGAGCAAAGGCAGGAGAACUACGGCUACACGUAUUCAAAGCCUACAGAACUUCAGCACUCCCCUGCCAAACCGGCUGUGGUUAGCAGUUAUUUCAACUUGGAAAGCGCGCAUAGACCCAAACCCCAAACUCCCCCUGUGGAGCCCUACAGUUCCAGCUACUUCCACAUAGGCAACUCCCAGGAGCAACCAGCGGGCCAAGGCUUCUAUCAGGCAAACUCAGUGGUGUCAUCCACCUCACGCCCACUCCUUGAAAGUAAACCGGCUGCAAGCUACAGUUUCACUUCAGGAUCAACUACAGCGCAACCGAUUCUAGUGCAGGAGGUGCCUUCGGCCAAACCGGCUGUAGUUAGCAGCUACUUCAAUCAACCGCCCAGUAGGGGCUACGAGUACUCCAAGCCCGCCAUCAGCUUCAACGAAGAACCGCAACCAGUCCAAGAGGAGGCUUUUGUUAAGAAGACUGCCUAUGUAACUGGCCAUUACGACGACGACUACCGGUACAAGAACAGGGGCAAAGUGGUGGUUGAAAGCUAUAAACUUCCCCAGUAUGAGGCGGCACUUGCCCCAACCGUUUACCAACAGCAACCUCAGGUUGUUUACAACUAUGUGCCCUCAACGCCAAGACCAACGCUCAUCUCCACCAUCAAAAGCAUCGCGAAACAGCCAGUCUCGCCUGCACUAGUUAGAUUCUACGACAACUACAGCUCCACUCCUGCAACAUCCUCUGUUUCCCCAGAAGUCCUUAGCAGCACCAGCAGGCCCAUAUCCAGGUACUCUUUCAGUUCCCUGGACGAGCAGUAUCAGUACAACAACCUGGUGAAAGCAACCACUUCAGAGCCGUUACGCACCUACUUGCCAGUAACGUCCACUGUCCGAAUAGCUACUAGUUCGCCUAAGGUGUCCAAGGUGGUUGAGGAGUAUGUGGCUCCAGAGGCCCGGGACUAUUUGCUUCCUCAGGUCCGCACCAAGGCGCCCUCAAGGGAAUAUUUGCCAGUAGAAGUCACUACUCCUUCCCGCGAGUAUUUGCCUGUUCGAGUGCGCACUAAGGCCCCUCCCAAGUACGUUGCAGUCGAAGUGGCAGCGCCUUCCAGAGAAUACUUGCCAUCCAGAAGGGUCAAAGUGACCAGCACAACAUCGGCGCCUGAAAUCACCACCUUGAGCAGAGAGUACCUCCCAGUGCGUGUCAGAGUGACCUCAACUGUCAAGCCCUCCAGGCCAGUAACCAUUAUCAAAGCAAACGACGCCCAUCCUCUGCUCUCCGCCAAGCUGGGGGCUCAAUGCACCUGUGUUUCCAAUACCCUGAAGUUGAGGAAGAAGCAGAAAAUUAUCAUCGUUGAGGAUGAGGACGAAGACGACGGUUAUGCGGUUGACGAUGCCGGAUACGAAGCGCAACGCGUGGUUGAUAUCACUCCAACUCCAGAGGUUUAUGCGAAGAAAGUGGUCAGACCAGGGGCAGUUGGGGAAAACUACUACACCCCAGUAACCGACGUGUUCUACCAAAAGAACACCAGCCCGGCCCCAGAUGCUUCGGAUAAGGAAAUUGUCAAGGCUGUCCGCACUGGGCUGAAGUUGGUGAAGCAGGCUGCCAAGGACGGGGCUAGGGAAGGCACCAGUGAGGUUCUGUCGAAGCACCUCGACCGUUACGGGCCGGGAGGAGUGCGAAGCAGAUCUGAAACCCUCCAGGGAACCAUCGACUGCCAAAGGGCCGGUCUUUUCAGACACCCUACAGAGUGCAACAAAUUCUACGCCUGCCGAUGGGAUUGCACCAAGAACAGGUUCACUUUGCAUGUGUUCAACUGCCCCGUUCAGUUAACGUUCGAUAACAGUCUAGGGGCGUGUAAUUGGCCCAGUCAGGGCCCAGCUUGCGUGGACAACACCUUGAUUACGAGUGAUUGAAGACCGGAAAGGUCUCGACAAAGUGGCCAUAUAUUUAAAAUAAAUCAUUUAAUGGUGUAGGUUCGUGGUAUCUAUGUCUGCUUGCCAUUUAAGCGCUCCAAGAGUGAUCUGCAUUUUUGUUUCAUCAAGGCUGUUGUCGAAAGUGUACAUUUCUAUUCUUAAGUCUGAAUGCUGAGAACACUCGCGCUUUCAUUGUCACUUAACUUUAUUUAUUGCAUUUCAUAUUCACUUCAUGUAAAGAAACAUUUGUCAUUUAUGUAACAUAGUUUGCGUAGGAAAUAAAAAUGUUAAAAGCA